CACCUGGUAGGGCCCAGGGCUUAGGUCUCUUUGCUGCCUGGACAGUGGACACUGGCGCUUUAAGACGCUAUGACCCCACGGCAUCCAGGCUGGGCGGGGACAGUGCAGGCGCGACUAGCCACUAACGGAGGCACUGUCGGGAGGUAGUGCUAAGUGUCCUGCCCACCAUGCUGACAGCGCUCGCCCCACCAGCCCGUCCUGGGCUCUCAAGGCGGCUGCCUGCCCCUGCGGGGCGUCAGGAUUCGUCCGGUUCGUCCGGCUCCUACCACACAGCUCCCGGUUCUCCAGAGCCGCCGGACGUUGGGCUGGACACAGAAGGCCAGGGGACUUGGCUCUGGGUGGCCCCUGGGCGGGGGGCGGGCGCGCAGCCUGUCCUGUCCGUCAGCGCCCAGAAUAGCCGCCAGCAGCACUGCUCCGGCUCGGGUUUCCCGCGAGGCCCGGGCUCCGGCCCGCAGCCGCCUCGGCCCCAGCUGCGCAUGCUGCCGUCGGGGGAGAUGGAAGUCAUCUUCGGCGCGGGGACUCUGUUCAGCCGCUCCGACGCGGAGGGCCUGGAAGAGCAACAGCUCAUGGCGCCUGCCUUCAGCAGCCCCUCGCUGCCCCGGUCAGCGUCGCCUGUCUCGGCGUCGCCGCAGCCGCAGGGCCCCGACGGGGGCUCUCGCUGGGCCACCUACCUGGAGCUGCCGCCCCGCGUGCCGAGUCCUGCCGUCUCAGGCCAGUAUGAGUGUGUGGAGGUGGCCCUGGAGGAGCGCACCGCGCCCGUUAGAGCCCGCACCGUGCCGAAGCGGCAGAUCGAGCUGCGUCCCCGGCCUCGGAGUCCCUCGCAGGACAGUCGCGCGCCGCGUCCCCGACUGCUCUUGCGCACCGGCUCCCUGGACGAGUCUCUGAGCCGCUUGCAGGCCGCCGCGGGCAUCGUGCAGACGGCUUUGGCCAGGAAACUGGGCUCUGCGGUCCCAGCCCCCAGCAAUGUCACUUUUAGGCCCACGGGGAAGCCAGAACCCACGACGGACCCUCAGGAGACAGCACGAGGCACUCGUGUGGUCCCUGAAGAGGCUAAGUCUCGGCCACCCCGCCCACACGAUAGCUCUGUCCCCGCCAGAGCCCCGCGGCCUUGGCCCAGCCUCCGAGAGCGAGCGAUUCGGCGAGACAAGCCGGCGCCCGGGACCGAGCCGCUGGGUCCAGUUAGUUCCAGCAUCUUUCUGCAGUCAGAGGAGAAAAUCCAGCAGGCUCUCGAACAGGAAUCCAAGAUGCAGUUCCUUCGUGAGACUCCGGAUCGAACCAUACCGAGGGCACGGAGUCCUCCUUCCCACCCCAGAAGCUCCCGGGUGAUUCCCAGUAGGGUUGUGAGACCGAGGAGCCCAUCUCCUCCGCGGCAGGCUCCAAAUGGGGCCGUGCGGGGUCGUCGCUGCCCAUCCCCCCAGAACCUUUCACGACCUCAUAGGACUGUUUGGAAAAUGAGUAGCCCGUCCUGCCCUGAAGCAUCCUCUGAAUGGGAAAAUCGGAAUGCAGCCGUCGAGGAAGUCCUGAGCAGCACAAGGAGCCCUUCCCCUCCACCUCUUUCUCAGUGGACUCAGGGUGUCACUAGAGUGGGGAACCCAUAUCCUGAAACUCCUUCUCUGUGGAAGGUUCCGCAUUCGAGAGGUGGAGAUGCAACAGGGCGGAGUAGGGACCGGUCCCUGCCAGUCCUGCUCCCACGGGAGUCACCUGAUCAUCCUAUUGGAACAAAUAGCCCAUCGCCCCGAGAGACACGGGGUCCUAUUGUGCAGGAUUCGUCGAUGAUAUUGUGUCAGGAAGCUAUGAACGGCCUAACUCAGGAGUUGGAGGUGCCUACACCAUCAGCACCUGGGACCCCAGAACUCACGGAGGCGCAGUGUCUGCUCACAAGGGAAAACGCGGAUUUUGCCUACAGAGUCAGGCAGCCAUCUCCAGUUAUAGACACACCAGAACCGCCCGGAAGUCAUCUCACAAACGUCCUGGAAGACGGUGUGUGCCCAGAAGCCUUGGCCUCAGGAGAAGCGGCUUCUGGACGUCCACGCGUGACCAUUCCGCGGCCGCGAGAUGUGCGCAAGAUGGUUAAGACCACCUAUGCUCCUAGCUUUCCUGCGGGAACCCCAGGCUGCGGGCUUCCCGCGCCUCCUGCAGACACCUGCGGGGAGGGAGGAGAUGCAUCCAAAGCACAUGAGCUCCCGGUGCUGGAGUCACCCGCCCCGGCUCAUUACACUUCCAUUUUUCUCAAGGACUUUCUGCCGGUAGUACCUCACCCCUAUGAGUCUCCAGAGCCUUCACUCCAUGCAACCCCUAAGGAUGUCUCCCACUCCAGCGGGGUCCUGAAGCGGAGAGCAGAGAACAGCACUGCGAAGCCUUUCGCGCGCAGUGAGAUCCGCCUGCCUGGUGCUCUAGCCUUGAGCCGGCGACGGGAGAAAACCACGAGUGUCCAAGGACGAAGUACUGCGGGAGAAAACCCGGAUGCUGAGGCCCCGAGACUGAUCCCAGACCUCGAGACUCGGACCAGCCCCCUAGGAGGCGCUCGUACUUCAACCCAGUGGUCUCCAUUAGGAUCAGCAGGGACCCAACCUCCUGUCCCUGGCUCCCCGCUGGCAUGUCCCAACUCGAACCUUGGGGCAACACCCGAAUUGGAGACACCCCUUGUGGAUCCUGUAACUGCGGUCCAGCCGCCCCUCCCACGGGAGCCUCAGGUGGCGGCGGCCAGGACCGCUGCAUCCCUCCCUCGAGCUGCCUCUGCGCCUCCUACGGACCGGCUACUUCCUGCAUCCUCCCAAGGGAUGCGGAGGCUUCCAAGAGCCGCGCCGCCAGGGAAGGUCCUCGUAGACCCGGAGAGCGGUCGCUAUUACUUUGUGGAGGCUCCGCGGCAACCUAGGCUGCGGCUACUCUUCGACCCCGAAAGCGGGCAGUACGUGGAAGUGCUGCUGCCGCCCUCGCCCUCUCUCUCCCGGCCACCACGACAGGCCUAUGCCCCGCUGGCCCUAGGGCCGGGCCUCUAUCCACCAGCCUAUGGGCCUAUCCCUGGCUCGUCACUGUCGCCGCCAUCCCCUAACCUACCGCCCCUAGGCAGUCUCCAGCUACCCUGGGCCCCUGAGGCUGGGCCCCUGGAGGGGAUGUGCUACAUGCCCUUGAGCGGGACCCCCAGUCCAGCUCCACCGAUGCUCUUCUGUGCUCCGCCCUCCAGUUCCGGUCCCAUCCAGUCCAGCAAGGGUUCUGUGUUUCCUUUGUGA